UUACAGCAGGCACAAUUCCAUAAAAUUUGGCUUACAAUUAUUACUUUAUCAGCAAAUCAUUUUAAAAGAUCACAGAUUUUACCAAAUCAGGGACAAUAAUACUGACUAUUGAAAGUAAAUAUCUUCAAGUUUCCGAGAACAACAGGAUAUAAAUUAUUAAUAGAAAGUGUGUUUAAAGUAGGAAGUCAUGAAUGUAACAUGUGCAGACAGUUUAAUAUCUGGGAUUGCUUAAUACAUUGAUGAUAUGGUUAAAGAAAGAAGACAACUCAUUUAUGGACAUAUAUGAUAUACCUUUUCUUCGUUCGGAGGACAAAUUAUGAAAAAAGGCUGGGACAUAGUGUUUUCCUUGUUUAUCCAACUGUGGAUUACAAGAGAAUCAAAUGGCCAAGACCGAUUUUGCCAGGAAAGAUACAAAGAUAAAUCUGUGAACAUUUGUACAAACCAUUCGAGUUCGAUGAGACGUUUGGUCUUCAUUGAUACAGUGAAUGUCCCAAAGUUUCAGCAGUCAUUUUGUGAAUGUAUCAUAGAACCUUUUAAACCGGGAUCUACACUUCAAGUAAUAAUGGUCGAACCAGGAAAGGGCGUGCAGUUUAAGAUAAAUAAUAUUGUGUUUGUGUUUGAUAAAACAUCUGAGUAUGAACAAACAAUUCUACAGGAUGAAACGACGCUUUACUUUUCCACUGCUAAAAAUCAUACGACGGAUGCCUGUGCAGCAGUUUAUGGCUUUGACGGACUGUUUAAUAUAACGUGUAUGCACCCUGCAACACUUGUUACUGACACAACAGCGUCAGUUACAUCAAGAGCAAUAACAACAGAAAUCUCAAAAGACAACAUAACAAAAUCAGUGGCAAAAACAGCAUCAGUAACAACGGCAGAUACCACAACAAAAGCCUCAAGAAAAGGCAACAUAACAACACUAGCACAAAUGAUUGUGGUUCCAGUAGUGGUUGGAGUUUUACUGAUUCUAGCAGCUGCGGUGCUAAUUCUCGUCUAUGUAAGAAGACGCCGCAUUGCAAAAAAUACUAAAAGGCAAAAACAGGAACCAUGUAUGUCAUUAUCGGAGCAAGGUCAAGGUCAACAGAACAAUCCCGAGAGUGAAGAGGGUAACCUCAAUAUUGCUGUCAAUGCAUAUGAAAGGUUAAAUAUGUAUGUAAAUGAUCAGCUGGCUGGAGAGAUGUAUCAGCAGCUUAAUGCAAAUAAAACAGGAGAAUAUCAAGAAAUGUAUGAUGUUGUUACUGACUCUCGAAAUCAGAACAGGAACGUUACAAAACAAGUUAAUUUGCAAGACACCGAAAAGGGUCCUACACCCUCGAAAGAACGACUGAGAAGGCAAGCUAAAGGACAAGGGAUCAGCAAUGGUGAAAUUCGAGACAUUGAAUUUCCAUCAAAUGCAUAUGAACGAUUAAACAUAUAUGUAAAUGAUAACCUAGCAGGAGAGAUGUAUGAGCAACUAGAUACUAAACAAGGCGGGAAUUAUCAGGGGAAACAUGUUCCAGGUAAAGACGACAGACCAGUCAACAAAAGUGACCAUAGAACCAAAACAAAUGAGCAAGCUUUUGCUGUAUAUGCAAAUGCAAAAUGAUUUUUAGGACGACAUUGUCUACAACUGUUUUCAACAAAAACGCAUGCUUUUGUUUUCGGCAUUUUGCCGUAAUGACAAGAUGUAUCAUAUCUUAAUUACUUUGUGUAGUUAUUUUUGAUAAUUCGUCAAACUACCUUCAAAUGCUUGUAUGACAACGUUCCAGAAACAAAAUCUGACUUGAAGUCCAUUUAAUAGUCUUAUAAAAUAUAGUCCCUGUUAAUUCGGUGUUAAGGGAACGUGAUGGGUGUUACACAUUACCUCUCAUUAGCAGACAGCCAAACGAUCUUCUUAUACCUAUGUUUAAUAAUCCAAGUUACUGCCGUAAGGUUACCAUUAAUGUCACCCCUUACUUGGAUUCAGUGUUUUUAUCAUUUCUGAUCCUGUUACAUGACGAAAUCGAUACAAAAACAAUUUACUGUUAAUAACAUAGUACAAUUUUAAAAAAUAUAAAUUUAUGUCAUCAUAUAUUUAUAUUCAUUUUAUGACCUUAGAUUUCAUUUUAUGUUAUAUUUUCUGGUCCUUCGGGAUCAUUGAGUUCAACUAAUUUAGAUUUGAAGAUUGAUUACUGCUUAAGUCGGUGCUAGGGGGCGUGGGCAGUGUUGCAUUUUUCAUUACUGCUCAUGAACAGACUCAAUCCAACCGAGUCUGCAGUUUUUACUGUUUGCCUUCUCCCCGGUCAUUCCGAAAAAUCUACUUUUCAGAUUAUAUUUACUACCUGUUUUGAAGAGUCACAAAACUGCACAAAUAUAUCCUGCAAAAUAGGAUGUAACAAAAUAGCAACAACGGUGUGUCACAUCUGAGAAAAGAAUUUAAUCUUUGUCUAAUAUUCAACAUAUUCUAGCGAAAAGUCAAUAUCUACAUCAGACUUCCGUUUUCUUCAACAAUAUCCUCUAAUUUUUAAAAAUAAUCAUUUGUUAAGUGUAUAUAGUAUAGAAUUUACUCUGCUUAUGUUUAUUCAUAUUUGUUGUUUUACUUACUGUAGCUUUUUUUUAAAAAAAAUAGGAUAAUAUAUGUGUGUAUAUAACCGCUUUUACUUUAUUAAUGUUUAUUAAUAUUUGUUUUGUGUAUGUUUCUUUAUCAUUUGUUUAAAAACUUACAUUUGAAUUCAUACGUGUGUUAACGUAUAUACCUUUUUAGUGUUCGCUUUUCCUUUACUUAUGUUGAUCAAUGUUGUUUUUAUUUAAAUUGUUCUUUACAUUUUGUUUAAAACCUUCAUUAGAAUAAAUGUAUCUGUAAUAUCUCUAAUCACAGUAGAUCUAUUGUUUUGUAAAAUUAUCAUCAUAAAAAUGCGUACGAUUUUAAGACAAGGCAAUGCUCCUAUUGUAUAUAAUUAAGUUAUGAAACGUUCUAUUCAUACAUGUCAUGAUGCGACUGUUCGAUACAUACUGUAUGUUUUACGUUCAACUGUAUUACAGCUGGACGCCGCUACGCUUUCCUCUUUCAUGGCGUCAGAAAGAACAGGUGGAGGAUACCUUGAAAAGCAGUUCUUAAACACCGUUGUCGUGCCAUCUCUUGAUGUUGUUGCCAGUUUCAAUAGUCCUUGACAAACAAGGUUGAAUGCGUUAGUCGGCUUCUUCGUCUGUCAUCUCUUAAUUUUGUAACCAGACCCGCCCGCUUAGCUCAGUAGGGAGAGCGUUGGUCUACGGAUCGCGGGGCCGCGAGUUCGAUUUCCAGGCGGGACUAUGUUCUUCGUGGCGUUUUGAUAAAGGACAUUGUGUCUGAAAUCAUUCGUCCUCCACCUCUGAUAUUCAUGUUGGGAAGUUGGCAGAGAACAGGUUUGUACUGGUACAGAAUACAGGAACACUGGUUAGGUUAACUGCCCGCCGUUACAUAACUGAAAAACUGUUGAAAAAAAACGGUGUUAAACCCGGAACAAAAAGGUUCGAUGAACAAUUGUGACGCCAUUUUGACCCUUUAAUUUUGUAACCAGAUUCUGUAGAGAUCAGUUAGGCUACUGGUAAUAGGAAAUGGUGAUGACUUGGAAUGUUAUGGUACGAUAUGCAGUGACAACAGGAAAACGUGAUGACAGAUAAUGUUAUGGUUUAGCACUAAUGCAAAAAUGUUUUAUUUUGUACCUUUAUAAAUUCUGUCAAAAUACGACUUGUAUUUGGCAAGUAAAUACGAGCAGGCAGAAAAAACG